AUGUCGACUCGACUGCUCCUGCUUCUCUGCCUCUUUGGACCAAUACCGGCCAAAAAGCCUCCUGAUGUGGACUGUCAAGUGAUGAAUCUAAAAUAUGUUCAUUGUUCCUGGAACAAUAUGAACACCCCAGAUGUCAAUUACACCUUUUCCAGCUGGUUUAAAAAUGAUCCUGAAACUUACUGUGUUGACUACGUGUUUGCCAACAACACAAGCAUUGGAUGCAACCAACCCUGCAAAGUUAUCGAUCGAUUCUACACAUUUCACACUGUUCUGAAACAUGGCAACGAGACAUAUCGAAAGGAACACUACCUGAAAAUGAAAGUCAAGUUAAACCCACCAUCCAAGCUGACGGUAAAAAAUGAAUCUGACUUCAACCUGUGGUUUUACUGGAACCAGACUAGAUGUGUGACGAGUCAAGUCCGCUACAGAAAGAACAACAACAACUGGGAGCUCUCUAAUCUUCCUGAUGAUAGUCAGAAGUACACCAUCAACUUCCCCUCCAGCAACUCCAGAUAUGAGCUGCAGGUCCGGAGCAAAGUGUCUGAAAUGUGUGGGGACUCAAAAUUCUGGAGCGACUGGAGCGAGCCGGUGGCCUGGGGCUUCAACAACAGCACAGAAACAAUCAUGUUAAAUGAGCCGAUGUCUGUGUGGACACCAGUGAUUUAUGUGGUGGGGGCCAUCACCCUCAUCCUGCUGAUGCUGCUGUUGCUGCAGCGUGAAAGGCUCAGAAUCAUCCUCGUUCCUGUGGUUCCAAAGCCGUCGCUGAACUCUCCCGACGUCGAGGAUUGGUUUCAGUUCUCCAAAGGCCUGAUGAAAGAAGGCUUCAAAGCCAAUUACAACGAGCAGGCCUGCCCCGUGCGCGAGUACACCUACGUGUCACGCUUCGACAGCAACAGCUCCGACACCUCCGACCUCAGCGACACCACCAAUCAAACCGACUGCUCCGUCUUCAUCGGCAUGAACGAGUCAGAGGACCCGUGAACAACUUUCCUCCAGGUCUAAUAUCUAAAGAUGAGCAGCAAGUUCUGUCUAAACGCAUUCAAUUUUGGAUUCAGGAAGGUGUUUCAGUUGACUGGAAGGAUUUGUUUUAUACAAAUAUAGUAUAGCAACCUUUGUGUAAAGCAACCAUAUUCUUUCUGCAGCCAUUCAGAGUUUUGAUUCAUCAAAAAUAAAAUACAUCUGAUGACUGGUUCUGCAACCAACCCAGCAGUGGUGAAAUGUUUAAUGUUCUUUCCAUUAUCAAUAUUACUUAAUUUCCCUCUGGGAUCAAUAAAAUAUUUUUGAAUUUGAAUUUAUAAUUCUAAGAAUAAUUCAAACAUAACCAAAAAUUUCAAAAUGUUCUAUUUGAUUGUGUUGUUAAAUGAUGUGUUUUAUAUUUUUUACAUUUUUCAUUUUGUUUUUAUUAUAUAUUUUUUAAAAUCCUGCUUCUUUUUUGCCUUUUUUACUCUUGUGUUUUUCCAAUGCUAAUGCUUCACAGACUGAAUGUAUUUUGAAUAUAGCAACUCUUUUGCUCACAUGUAAUCACAUUGACAAAAACCUAUAACGUCAUAAAGUAAAAAGCACUGAAAGCUGGCGUGUCUAAGUUUCUGAGUUUUUUGUUGACAUUGUAAUCCCUUUAUGUUUCUAAUAAAAUAAAGGCAUGCUGUUUACUCAUUUA